AAUUAACGUACUUUGGGCUAGGUCCACCAAGAAACCAUUGAAAAUCUGUUUCAACAGGCUCAAACCCGAACCGAAAAAUCAAUGAAGAAUUUUUAUAAGAUCCACAUGCUCAAACUAAGAAGUAUAAAAUCCUGUACCCUUGGUACCAAAGUCGCUAAAGAAUCAAGUCGAACAGGUAAAUAUCAAGACGUAGAAAGUGAAAACGAAACAAAAACAACGGAAAGAUGUUGAAUGAAAGAUGGAACAUAGAGUGAAAAAAAGCGAAUGGAUAAAGGGAGUAGAAACAACCACCUGGCUAUAGACUUAAUCCCAGAUAGGGACUAAUUGUGGGUGACAGGGUACCCCUUGAAAAUUGAAGCGGAAAUAGCUGGACAGGAAAGAAAAACAUAAGAAUGUGUAUAUAUAUAAGCAAGUCAUCAGCUGUAUUGUAUGGUAUGGCCGUUUUUCAUUGGCACCCUACGUAAACCUUCAUCAAAGAUCACAGUUGCUAGCAGAAAAAGACAAACGUUAGAUUUAUAUUAUUUUACAAAAUGCAGUCAUCAAAAUAGGGUACUCCUUCUUGUAGCGUAGCAUCAAGAUUGAAGGAAUGGUAUAGGCAGCGCUUGACGUCCACAUGGAAGGGAUUAGUCUGAGAAGUUGGGAGUAGGGAGAGGUGUGGGGUCCUUCUUUGUGUGCAUACAUAUGGGGAUCUAGAUGGUAAGGAUGAAAGUGAGUAGGGUUGGGCGACGUUAUAUAAUAGAAGGGUGGAAUGGGCUGACUAGCUUGACUUCAAAAAGGUUGGAUUGUUAAAAGUUUAUCCGAAAACUUUGCAAGACCUUUCAAAUGUCAUGUCAAAUUUCUUGCCACUAUCCAUAGCUGCGGCCUUAACCAAGCCCCUUGAUAAUAUUACUUUUUGCAACUUCCAACCCAUUCUAACCCCCCCCCCUCCAUUGUGAUGUCCCCUAUGAUCUUUGUUAUGCUGUUAAGUGAUAAGUGAUACUAAAGUAAAGUCACCUUCUCAUUAAAGAAAUCCACAUCUUUAACGCAAAAUGCAUGUAAAUUGCUGCAUAUAUGCAUUGUCUCAAUUAAUGCCCUACUAUACUGCACAGCAAUACUUUCUAUUUCAAAAAAUGUUCAAAUGCUGUUCAAAUGAAAGCGUAUUACUGGUGUAAUAAUUACUUCGGUGUAGGAUAUUUUUCGCACUUUUUUCUAUUAAUUUUGCUCAUUUAGUUUCUCUAGAUAGUUUUGUAAGGUAGGUUUCUUACUAGGCCUACCGUAUAUUCAAACCGUCCAGAACAUAUAUAUUCUAUUAAAAAAAUGCUUCAAGAAAAGUGACAUGAGUUGAACAAAUUGGAAAUGAAUUUGUGUUGCAGCACAGCAGACUUUAAGAUAGCUGUUUGUUAUUUGAUUUCGUCAUUAAUUUCAAAAUGUCCUCGCUUUCAAUGACAUGAGAUAACGAUUCAAAAGAUUUUUCUAAAUCUAAAGUUACGAGAUAAGUUGUUUCAAUAAAGUCAUUUCUUGAAUGGGCAUGCAACACUCUUCUAGGAUACUAAUCUUUUAACAUAAGUAAUUACAUAGCUGUUUAUGAGCUCCUUAAAAUGUCUUGGUAACAAGGCGAUCCAGUAGCAGGUGACCGAGCUGUAUAUGUAGAAAAAAAUUUGUUUUCAAUAAAACGAAGCUCUUGCUGAUGAUAUUCGGUUUUAUUAUGCUUUGUGGUUUGCUUUUGUCAUUGUCUAAUUAUCCUUUUUUGUUUAUGCUAUGUUCAGUUCGUUCGCACUGUUUCUUAUAUAUGCAAGGUGAUCAUAACCAUUGAUCUCAAGGUAAUCCGUUUUGUGACCAGAUGCUAAAUUUGCAUUUAUACUGAAUGAAUGUUAAAGAGUGAUUGAUGAAAAACGAAAGUAAUAAUUAGAUAAGAGUUGAUUCGACAUGUGUUAGGACAGAGCUUCAUGGAAAAUUUCCCAUAAUUAUGUCUGUGUUAUCAAGAGAUUUUCUGUAUAGUCUAUUUAGAAAUUGAGCACAGUGACAAGAAGACUGAUAUUGCAAGUUAUUGGCAGUCUAGUGGAGCAGACUGUUUGAUUGACUUUUUCCAAGACCUAGGGAGUUGUUUCCUUAUCGCGCCAAAAUAUUGCCUCAAAAUAUUGUGAGGCAUAAAGUGUAUCAAAGGAGCCUUCUUUUCUAAAAAAGAAAGUUUGGAUUUUUGUCAUGGAAUCUUCAAUCAUGAAGAUGCAUUGAUCUAUCUUGUGCCGAAGUCCGUAGGAUGAUCAUAACGAUCUGGAUGGUGUUGGUCUCAUGUGCCGCUUUACAAGAUCAUUAGCAAGCAGGGGUGCUUCUCUGAUACAAGCAUCCGUUCUUGCAUUGUUGAUUCACCAAGACGGUUACAUUCGAUCAUGAAUUCGGUUACAUUUUUCAUUGACCAAAGUAGAGAUAGGGUUGAGGUUCAAAAAUUGUAUAGUUGAGAAACAGAGCCUGACUGGCUUUCCGGAAACCGUUACGUCACAAGUGAAACAAUCAAGAUGUACAAAGGUAACAGUACGAAGGUUACAGUAAAAGGAACUUUGCCUACCUUUUCGUAGAUAACACCACCUUGUUAUCAGACUGUAUUGAAAUAUAGUUUGUGAGAAUUCCAUCAAAGAUCGAUUUCUAUUCAAGAGCGAGCGUCACUUAUGUCAAGAUAAGAAUCGUGACUCUAAACGAAGAAUAUUUGUUUCAAUGUUAUCAUUUGGCUAAAAAGGUUAUAAUGGAACUGAUACGCUUUUAAAUGUAUUGCCUUUGCCUCUUUGACAACGGGAUAUUAUUAACUGGAGAAUGUGUUUGAUAUGAAUGGCGUCCAUUUGGAAGGAACAAUUGUUAAGCUCGAAAUUUGUUGGUAAAUCAGAAGGACUUGAUUAUUUAUCGACAGGAAGACGUUGUCCCUACACAGAUGGCUUUUCGACUGAUAUUUACGUAACAGUUAGAAACAUUCGCAUAACCUUUUUAACAGAAGAGCCAGCAGGUUCAAUUCAUUGCAAAGAAAGACGGAUAUCAAGUAAACCAAUUCUGCAUAUCAAGUGUUUUUACACGCAAUACGGUGUUAUGGAGUUCGUAUCGUCGUGGUCGUGUUAUUGAGUUCGUAUCGUCGUGGUCGUGUUACAAAGCAUGUCGCUAAACUGCAUGUCACAAGGAUCGAAGCGCCAAAGGACUAAGUAUUGCCAGUCGAAGGUGUCAAAAAUUCAAGAGGCAAUCACAAUGAGCGAAUACGAACAGAUCGGUGCUGCUGCUAUAGAUGAACGACUUCAGUUUGCAAAGUUUGCACUAGAGCAGCGAAGGUGGAAGUCAGAAGAACAAUCGAAAGUGCCUCCAGUUGGAAUUGAUUCCUUUGAAGACGAAGAGGAUUUCAAAAAGAUAAUGAAUGAAAACACGCCAUCAGCUGUUGAUCCCAGACUCCAAGCUCUGAAGGAGAAGCUGAAAGAAAGAAUUGACUUGCUACAGCAGCUAACGCAGCAAGAGAAGCUCUUCCUUGGUGCCGAGCAAGAAGAAGAAACUAGUGAAAUUUGUGAUAAUAGUUUAACUGGGACAACUGCUAAGGACUAUUAUCUAGUGCCAGGAAGAAGGGACACAUUCGUUUGCAAGGGUACCAAAAUGACGUUAUUUGGUCAGAUGUCGAACAAAAGAUGGAGAUGUUGGAUUGAAAUUGAUAAUUUGGUAUCAUCAAUGAAUAGUCUACUGCCUAACGCAGAAGCAAGUAGUGACAAAAACAAUAAUGGCGAAACGCUGUUUGAUAAGAAUAAGAAAUACCUUUCUAAUCUUACCAAGGAAGACUUUGAAAACAGAGGCUAUCCAAUGAUAGGCUCUGUGCCUACAAGCCUUGUCGAAGAACUGCAGAACUUUACGUCCUCUAACUGCAACGAGACCAAUCCUGAAGAAAUAAAAACUGCUGAGGAGGAAAAGGAUGCAUCGGAGAAAAAGGAUGCAUCGGAUGAAAAUGGUCGAGAGUUUGUAAAAGAAACUCCACCCACUUCACCGGUAUUGCAAAUGAAGGACACGAGUACUGAGGAAGAGAAAUCGCCCGCGCCCUAUUCCUCUCAUGCACGCAGAACCCCGCGGAAAACAAACUCCCAGUUGAGCUUUGAUGCGGUCUUUUUUGGUGGGGAUGCCCUGUCUAAGUCGCCUGCAAAGGAAAAUGGUUCCAAUUCACCUCGUGCUUUAUCAGGGAACUUUGGGAAUUUUCGCGAGUCGUUAUUUUAUCAGAGAGAAAACCAUGACACGGGUGCGAUCUUGCCGAGCUCUAAUCGUACAGUGGCUGAAAACAGGCGCUCUAAUUUAGUAGCCAGCUACUCUUUGCCCGGCGAUAGAGAAGACUCUCCAGCUUCUUCUGCCAAUAACAGUCCAGUAAUGCCUGUGAAACUGAGAGACGGGGGAUUUGUGAUUAAAAAGAAGUUGAGGCAGAAGGGAAUCAGCAUAAUUGUUGGUUCUUCAAGUUCUGAAGAAGAAAGUAGUGAAGAAGAAGCCCAAGGAGACGACGAAAAUAAUGAUAGAAAAAGUGAAACACCCAAGUCCGCCAAAAGGUUUUCUACAUCUGAUGUCACAGAGACAGCAACUUCUGAAAAGAACAUCCAGAAACGUUUCGCAGCAAGAUCUUCGUCUACUCUACCUCCACAAAAGAACCCCAGUACUGAUCUUCUCGAUCAAUUUGGCUUGAGGUCAGCAAGCGUCAGUGGAAACGAGGACAAACCUAAGUCUUUUCCGAAGUUCAAGGGCCCAGAUGUAAAGCCGCCAAGAAAUGAAAGGAGGACACUGAAAUUAUCAAAAUCGUCACGUAGAGGAUAUGGAUUUUAUUUGCAGACGUAUGUCUUUCCCGACAAAACUGGCGAAAAAGAUGUCAAAACGUUUGUUCGGUAUGUCGAAGAGGAAGGUCCAGCUUAUCUGGCUGGCUUGCGAGAAGGUGACGUCAUUGUAGAGAUCGAUGGUCAAAAUGCUGAAAAGAAGACUCAUGCUCAGCUAGUGAAUUCUAUCAAAAGAUCGGAACACGAGCUACUGUUGGUGGUGAAAUUUAUCGAUGCAGCAAAAAGAGCAGACUUGUGUAUAAACCUUAAAAAAAAGAGAGCAAAACUACGAGCGCGAGUCAGAGAAUUUGAAGAUCUUGUUGCGAAGGAAAGCGAUUUGUUGAGAGCAACUAAUAAAGAUGCCUCUGCGAUGGAGCGCUCGGACUCGGUCACAAGUUCCGGCAUCGGCUUGUCCGACGAUUCGUCCGAAAAUUUGGCUGCAAUAAACAACCAGGUAAUAAUACAAACUAGUAGAUUUGAAGAACAGUCGUCAAAGGUUGUCGAUUACGUCAAAGAAGUUCGGUAUAACGACGAUGGCACUCCCAACAGCGGCAAUGCUCGCACUCACAUAACGACAGCUUCCGAUCUUCUAAGCGCAUAUUCCACUACGGGAAACCUACCCGAAAAAUCAAAGAAGUCGAACCCGGUUCACCGAAGUCGCAGUUUUUCUGGAAGCGAGAAAAAGAUUGACCGCAAUAGUAUGCAGCCUAGAGGGCGGUUGAAUUCAAAGGAUGAUGGUUUCAUCACCGCAUCGCCCUCGUUAACGAAGUCGCGUCCGCCUGCAAAAAUUAUUUCCAAUCGAAAUUCUGCUUCAGAGUAUGGACAUCGUGAGGUCGCUGCUACAAAAUCAUUGCAACCCAAAGAAUCUUUGUUUUACGAUCCAUCGAAAGAUCGCUCGAGCUUGCCGGUCAAAACACGCUCUCACGGCGCGCAAAGCGAAAGAGCAAGAGCUUUGACAUCUAAUGAAGGGGCCCUAUCCGAUAUGAGCAAAACAGGGCUUUUGUCACAUUCUUCUAGAGACAGAGUUCUGUCGCGCAACUCAAGAGCUAAGUCUUACAAAAUCGCAGUUACGACAGGACAAGGCGCUGGUUGUACUAUUGUCGAAAAGGUCAUCACUUACGAACAAUCCAAAGAGCUGAAGGCUCCCGAAACGGAUUUAUGAUGACAUCGUGACAAUCUCCUGUCAACCCCGAAUUUUUCGGCAAUUGCAAUUUCUUCUUGAUACUUUUGGGGGCUAGCACCCGAUAAGAAAUUUUUUCGUAGCAAAAAUAUAAUUUCUACCUUUGAUAUAAUGAAAAUUUGCGAUCAAAUACUCGAGAAUGUGUAUCUAAGCAUUUUUUCAGUGUUGUAGACAAAUUAUGUAUUUACUGAGUUUAUCUAUAAUGAUAUUAGUGUAUUUCAAUCCCUCAACGAUCGAGGUACGAUAGACGGGUACAUCCGGAGUAUUUGAGGGUAAAUCCAAAAUUGUACACAAUGAAAAUUAUUUUCAAUGAUUAUUAUCUAUCCAUUGCAAUUUUUAUUUGUAAAUGUUCGUAAGUGCCAAGGUUUAGGAUUUUUUAGACAAAUUUAAUGAAAGCGAUUUUCGCUGGCCUUAAUGUAUGGAGCAUUAUUUUUCUUAACUUUAGUUAAAGAUAAGAAUAUGUGAUAAAAAUGUGGAUUUUCUUAUGUGAAUUUUCUGUGCAAAUGAACGUGAGUUGCCUACCUUUUCAUUUUAUGCAGCUUUCCUUGAUAACAGCAAAAAAAUAAUGAAGGCUUUAUACUAAAUCCAAAAAUACAACGUUUGCGAUUCGAUUGUAAUCGAUAAAAGGGAUGGAGAACAGGUUUCAGAGCUCAUAUAUACGCUCGAAUUUUUAUUCAUAAAAUUGAUAACUGUUUUAUUGCUUUAGUUGGACAUAAUGUUAGGAAUCUUCGACUUGUUUCGUGAUUAGUCAAUCUGGAAGAUAGUUCCGUAGAAUUCUUCCAUGAAGUAGAAUACCUUCUUUUCUAACGUAUUGUACAAAAUAGUUCAUGAUAGUUCAUAUUACUUUGCACUUUAGUUAUAUAGACACGGAUUCAAUCUUUCCCAGUGUCAGAGCUGUCAAUUUUAGCAUCCACCACACCUUCCUGAAUUAUUUGGAAAACGUAUGGCUUACAUUCCAUAUGGUUUUUUAAUCAACGUCCAUAUGAGUUCAAGCUGUCUUUCUUUCUAGUAAUCCCCUCGAUUAUUGGUAUUACGCUAAUAAAUAUCAUUAUGCAUCAUUAAGCUUAGGUUUUUCGAACAAAGUUUCCUCAUCAUGUCAGAAUCUGAAAUAUAGGCAUAUUUCAUCACCAACUUGGCCUUUGGCAACCUCAUUGAACACUGGGGGCCUGCCGCAUACUUGUAGCAAGAAAGAGGGCUGUGAAAAGUAAAAUCUGCUGACGAAAAUCCGUCCAAAUUUUGUAUGCUUAUGUAUGUUAAAGGCGUUUGAAAGUCAGCUCAAAGCAUCCAGUUUGCGGCCGAAAUUUCACUGUUUUCGGAGACGUAUAAGCCAUCCAAGUCGAAAGCACAGGGAAAACAUUUUUCUGAGAUUAUUUUGAUCCUAGAUUACGAUUUAAGCCCUGGUCAAACGAUCAAACAUUCAUCCAACAUUUCGCCCAAGAUGGUAUUGGGUGAAAUGUUGGAUCGUUUGACCACCUUGUUGGGUCACCCAACAUCGUAAAAUUCGAUGUUUGGCGGAAUUUGACUGAGGUCAAAAAUGUUGGCUGCCGACGUCCAACAAUUCUAUUGUUUUAGGUGUUAGGUGAAAUGUUGGAUCGUUUGACCACCUCAGCCAACAUUGUUGGUUCUGCGCACGCGCAGUUGGUUAAAGACCGCCAAAAUUCAAUCAUCGCAUUGUUGUUGACUUCUCGGGUUGAUUUUGUUCGUCUCGAAUCUCGCUUCGACUCUCGCUUUUGCUUACAAUUGAUAACAUUUAAAAUUAUGGACACGAUGAUGAAAGAUAACGAAUAUUUGUGCGCAAGUAAAGGCAACGAGUCCAGCAUCAAGCGUAAAUGGAGAGCCUGAAGCACAUAGGAGCUACAGGAAAGUGCAGGGGAACGAUUUUAGGCCAGAGGCUUUGAUUGGGGACGCGAUUCUCGCCCUGGAAGACCGCGAUAACAGUGAGAAUAGUGAGAUUGAUACAGUAUAGCUAUGGCGGCGAUUGCCUUUCAUUUUCUCGGAUCAAAAUGCGGCACAUCGUGAGUGUCUGGUCUGCCUACUGUUGCUAAGCAACAUCAAUGCUACCUCCUGCCCAGUCCCUUUUCGAUCUGCGCGAGAAAAUGUUGGGCGAUAAUAAUAUAAUAAAUAUAAUGAUAAUAAUCAAUAUAUUUACAGUAAGCAGGUAUGAUAUAGCUAUCUAUGUACAAUUUAUGUACAAGUUAUUUUAAGCCUACUUUACAAAAGUUUAGAAUAAAAAGCAAUUAAGAAUGAAUAAAUAAUAAU